AUGGCACCGCCGGCUCCCGGAUUCAAGCUUAACGAGAACGGGAUCCCAAACUUCGAGGACCUCCCCUUGCGGAAGACGGACCCGCACUACUCGGCGUGGGGUUUAUACGGCGACAAGGACGAGCUCGGGACGCUCAACCGGCUAACCGACGAGCUCGUUGCUGCCGCUGCCAAGGGCGAGAUCAAGACGGGCCACAGAAUCUCCCUAAACUGGCCCCUCAACGCGCAGCGGCAGAAGCCCUUCUUCCAGCGGCACGUGUUCUCGCAGACGCUGAUCCGGAAGGCGCCGCGCGUCGUCAACGACGACGUCUGGACCUUCAAUACGCAGGUGUCGACGCAGUGGGACGGCCUGCGGCACUACGCGUACCAGGAGGAGGCGCGGUUCUACAACGGCGUCACGAUGGACGAUAUACACGGCGCCGGCGAGGACGGCGAGGACGGUGGGAGGACUACGGUUAAUGGGAUUCAUGCAUGGGCCGAGCAAGGUAUCGUAGGCCGCGGCGUCCUAAUCGACUACCACAGCUGGCGCCUCGCACAACCCGCCGACAAACGCAAGCCCUACGACCCGUUUCAGAGCGACGCGAUCCCGCUCGAGGAUCUACAGGCGUGUCUCGCCGCGCAGGGAACGGAGGUCAAGUUCGGGGAUAUCUUAUUCAUCCGCUCAGGGACGUACAUACCUCAUACCUCGUACCUACUAUUUUGCUUCAUAGCAACAUACCCCCAGAAAACCGACGCCGAGCUCGCCGCCUACCGGUCCGUCGUUCCGCACCACUUCGGCGGCGUCGAGCGCUCGGAGGCCCUGCUGCGCUGGAUAUGGGAGCGCUUCUCCGCGGUGGCGGGGGACCAGCCGUCCUUCGAAAGCUGGCCCGCCCCGCCGACCUCCCCGCACAUCCUCCACGAGGUCCUGCUCGCGGGAUGGGGCUGCCCGAUCGGCGAGCUGUUCGACCUGGAGAAGCUCGGGGCCCACUGCGCGGCCCGCGGGCGCUGGUCCUUCUUCGUCGCCAGCGAGCCGUGCAACGUCCCCGGCGGCGUUGCUAGCCCGCCUAACAUACUCGCCAUUUUCUAA